CAGAGAACACCGAUCCUCUGCCCAAGCGUUGCUGACGUAUGCCAAAUCUUACAACACCUGGAUAGGUAUUUUAAGUAUCAACUAACCACAUCAUAUAUUAUAGCAAUGUGUCAGUCGAUGAUGUGGCACGCAACCAUUGGUUGAAGCAUGUAACGUCUGCGCAGGGGAACGCGACCCAAGUCUCAACGUCCCUGACCACCCGUGAACUCCGUGCCAAAAACAAUUCCUGGAUUCGGAAACGGACCAGGAAAAGGAAAAUUUGCAGUUUAAAUGGUUAUUCUGUGAAUUUGUUUUAUCGUUUCAGAGGUGUGUCUCUUUGAAACAUUGGAGACUAGCUGUGAGGUUUAAAGUCCCGACCGAAAGAGACAGUUUUCCCUCUCCUCUGCACGCGUCCUUUGCCAUGGCUUUGACAACCUGUACCAGAUUUACCGACGAGUAUAAUCUCUACGAAGAGCUGGGGAAGGGAGCUUUCUCCAUAGUGAAAAGAUGUAUGAGGAUCUCCAGCGGACAGGAGUAUGCUGCCAAAAUCAUCAACACUAAGAAGCUAUCUGCCAGGGAUCACCAGAAGCUGGAGAGAGAGGCCAGGAUUUGUCGUCUGCUCAAGCACCCUAAUAUCGUGAGGCUCCAUGACAGCAUAUCAGAGGAGGGAUUCCACUACCUGGUCUUUGACUUGGUGACUGGUGGAGAGCUGUUUGAGGAUAUCGUAGCCAGAGAGUACUACAGCGAAGCAGACGCCAGCCAAUGCAUACAGCAGAUUCUAGAAAGUGUAAAUCAUUGUCACCAAAGUGGUAUAGUUCACAGGGACAUGAAGCCUGAGAAUCUGCUCCUAGCCAGUAAGUUGAAGGGAGCAGCUGUGAAGUUGGCAGACUUUGGCCUGGCCAUCGAGGUGCAGGGAGACCAGCAGGCAUGGUUCGGUUUUGCGGGAACCCCAGGCUACUUGUCCCCGGAGGUUCUGAGGAAAGACCCCUAUGGGAAACCUGUGGACAUGUGGGCCUGUGGUGUGAUCCUUUAUAUUCUGCUGGUGGGCUACCCUCCCUUCUGGGACGAAGACCAGCACAGACUGUACCAGCAGAUCAAGGCUGGGGCCUACGACUUUCCGUCCCCUGAGUGGGACACGGUGACCCCCGAUGCCAAAGACCUGAUCAACAAGAUGUUGACCAUCAACCCUGCCAAGAGGGUCACCGCCACAGACUCACUCAAACACCCCUGGAUCUGCCAACGGUCCACUGUGGCGUCCAUGAUGCACAGACAGGAGACGGUGGAGUGCCUGAGGAAGUUCAACGCCAGGAGGAAACUCAAGGGUGCUAUCCUCACCACCAUGCUGGCCACACGCAACUUCUCAGCAGCCAAGAGCCUACUCAACAAGAAAGCUGACGGUGUCAAGAUCAACAACAAGACCAAUGUAGUCACCAGCCCCAAAGAGCCCCCCACUCUGGAGCCUCAAACCACUGUUCUCCACAACCCAACUGAUGGAAACAAGGAGUCCAGUGAGAGUGCUAACACCACCAUGGAAGAUGAGGACGUGAAAGCUCGUAAGCAGGAGAUCAUCAAAGUGACUGAGCAGCUGAUUGAGGCCAUCAACAAUGGAGACUUUGAAGCCUACACGAAAAUAUGUGAUCCCGGCCUGACAUCCUUUGAACCAGAGGCCUUGGGAAACCUAGUGGAGGGAACCGACUUCCACAAGUUCUACUUUGAGAACGCUCUGUCCAGGAGCAAGCAAGGGCCCGUCCACACCAUCCUUCUCAACCCCCACGUGCACCUGAUCGGCGACGACGCGGCUUGCAUCGCCUACAUCCGCCUCACCCAGUACAUGGACGCCAGCGGCAUGCCACGCACCAUGCAGUCAGAGGAGACCCGCAUCUGGCACCGCCGUGACGCCAAGUGGCAGAACAUCCACUUCCACCGCUCCGGCUCACCCACUGUGCCCGCCAAGUAAGUUGAGAUUACCCCCUAUCCUGCAGCUGUUGCUGACCUAUGGACCCCGCCUACCAACUGUCUCACGUCCUCGUCCAAUCACGUUCCAACGCUGUAACUCUGCCAUCUCAGAGUGUUGUUUACAUGUCGUCGAUGCUGGACUGAAGAUUCUUCUUGCAGGAGAUGAGAAGAAAAAACAACGAUCUUGACGAUGUCAUUUAAGAGUGAAAAUGUUUGUUGUUUUAUCGCAUUGUUCCAUUCUUCACAUUCUUCUCUCAUCGCAGGACAUUUAUAACUAAACAUGUUUUUCAAAAUUCUAUAACUGAUUUUUUUCCUUGUUUUAAGUUUGAAUGGGAAAAUAUUCAAUCUUCAGUAAUAUACAAUGUAUAUAGCUCUGUGUUUCAACAUGAUCAGUGUCAGGGACGUGCGGUGAGCCAACAAGGUAUUCAUAUCAUCUGAAUAUUACACAUCAAUCCCAAUAACUAACGUGAUAUAGGUUUAGCCUUAAACCAACAUAUCGCAGUCUGUCAAUCCUUUUUGAAAUGUCAGUCUUUGUGCAGAAAAAUCUAUAAGAACGUAAGUGAACAACAAACAUGAGCUUGCUUUUGUUUUGGUGAUGUAUAGACUUGUGAUUGACGUGAAUCGCUAUAUCUUUGCUUAAACUCUGGAAUAUUAAACUGUUUAAAUAUGAGCUUAGUUUGCAAUCUUUUAACAAUUCAAGUUGUUCUCAACUUGCUCAAUAUUAAGUAUGAUUACUGGGAAUUUUUAUUGACAAUUUAUGUUAAGGGUCUAAUUUUAUCCUAUGUUUUAUGAUAUGUGUUUGAGUCUGCGUCAUCGCAACGUGACAGAAUUCUCAAUGAUAGAAUGUAAACUAUAGAUAUAAUGUUCACAUAUAUUACUGAAAGCCAUUGUAUGACAUAUGGAACACUGUUUUAAAGUCCAAUCAUUAUAUUUUCAUAAGGUUGAUGAUCAUGAUGUAUGUUUUUGGGGAGGGGGUUAUAUUUUUUCUUUUUUAUAUUGUGGAAUUGACAGGCUAAUUGUUUAUCAUUUCUUCCUGUCCUCACAUAUCGGUGGAACUAUUGACCCUGUCAUGUAUAGCGAAUGGUUCUCUGUUUUUUUUGGUCUGUCCGAUGUCCAUCCAUAAGAACCUAUGAAAGAAAAUAAAUAGCCUUUUACUAGCCCCUUUUACCACUGACACCUGGGUGUUAGUUACUCUACUUGACAAGUUGCAACACACAAUGUUUUAUACUGAGGAGAAGGGAGACAGUUAUAUGGGAUCACAUUGUUCUGGUCAGUUUUUCCUAGUUGGUAGAUAUUUUCAUAAAUGGGUGUGUUUUAGGUUAGUUUUGCCAAUGGAAAUGUAAGGGAAUUAGUGAUACAGUAAAAUAGAAUAAAGGUCAACCUAGAAUAUUUAGUGAUGUUACACAACGCUUGAGAUGAAAGGCACUGGGUAGGUUUGCCAUUAGGAUAUCCACCGUGGCGUUAAGAACCGUUACUUCCCCCAUUUAUGAAUUGUUCCUACAGGGAUGGUGAGACAACACAAUAAUAAUUUUAAAAAGUUAUGUUCAACUGUACUAUGGGACAAAGUGUAUAUUGUUGUCAUGAUGAGAAAGGACUGAUAGAUGUUUAAGAAAUAUCAAAUAAAAUGUGUGAUUUCU